AAUAUUUAUUUUUGAUGAUAGACGAACUUAGCCACCUGAGUGACCUCACCACAUACUAUAGUGAACUUACCAUGAAACAAUUUAUCGAGCCCGAUGCAGAAUAUGUACCUUUCCGGAAUUUUUUCCGCUUUUUACGUGAUUUGUUGAUGACAGGGAAGGUAAUCGUCUAUUUGGCAGGCAGGACAUCUCAAAUCUCAGCCCGCAUGUCUGAUGCUCGCUCCAGUAGCAUGAGCCUCGAUAUGUUGCGAUUGAAUCCUUUUAACCUCAACGAUAUUAAUGAAUAUCUUGAGCUGGCAAUUUAUAGUGGAAAGACCUUGAAGGACUGGAGGUAUUCCGUUGAUUUUAAAGAAUACUUUAGUAGCCCUAGCAGAGAAGAGAAAGCUGCAAACUUGUCGCAACCUGUUAUCAACGAUGACAAUAUGGAAAGUGUGUUAGAUGAUAUUUUUCACUCUGUAGUACGAAAGACAACAACGUUUAUUGUUCCGGAGAUAUUAGAUUCUGCAACCCUUCUUCGAUAUCAAUUUGUUCUUUUCAAUUAUCAGCUCGGGACAGUUUUUCCAAUCAACUUUGCAAUUACUCUAUGUGGAACGACAACUUAUUUGAUGGAUUUGGUUGCAACUUUUGGGUUUUACUCUGAAGUUUUGGGCGAGGAAUUCAAGAUUGGUUGUUGUGAAUUUAUAUUGCGAGCUCAUAGCAACUAUAAAUUUUUCCGUGAGGCUACUGAACUUUUUCCUUUAUCUCCGUUUAGUUAUAUUCCCGACACUUCAACAUCAAAAGGAGUCUUCUUUGAAUUUGUAUUUAUGAAGAUCUUUCGUUUUCGCUUAUUAACUUUUCUUCAUUCUAAUUCCUCGCCUAUUGUACAUUCUGCUAUUCCAGGAAUUUUCCAGGGUUCUUUUAUUGAACAGGACAGUGUUUCUUAUUCUAUGGAAUCAACAAAAUCUAAUGAUAUACCCAUCUUGAGAAAUGUCUCUGAUUCAUUUUCUGGUCAUUAUAGAGAUUAUUUACAACGUUGUGGUAUUUUUGUUCCGAAAGAGGGCAAUUCGAGUGGCCCUGAUGCAUAUGUUGUAUUCCUUAAUGGACAAACACGUUAUGUUGUUGCAUUUUCAUUUAAAUUUUAUCACAAAACUGAAUUUUCGAAGGGAGAUAUUGAGAAGGAAGCAGAACAAUUUUUCCAAGAAGUUAUUUCCGUUUUGAAUAACGGAUCUCCUUCAUCUGUUCAACUUUGUUUUCAGUUUGUGGUAGUUUGUGCUAGUUAUGGUCGAUCUGUAGGUUUCUCUGUUGAAGAACAUAAUAUUGUUGAAGAUGCAAGUUAUUUGGUUACUGAACAUUCUUCGAGGUCAACUUUGAAUGAAAGUAGUCGAUCAUGUCUGCAAUUGGUAAUUGUUUCCCAAAGGAACCUUGAACGAUUUUUUGGAAUAGAAAAUUUCGAUAUUUUGAGGAAAAUUGACAAGGCAAGCCGAGAAGAGUUUAGUAAAUACUUUUCAGUAUGGUGUAAAACUCUCUUUGAGUCGAUGUCCAAUGAAUAUGUUUCAUCUUUGGAAACGGAGCAAUCAAAUGUUACUUCAAGAGUGACUCGAAAUAUAAGACCGAGAACAAAUGAGGAGAAUAGGAUGCAAAUGGAAGAGCUUCAAACUGCUAUGCAAGUGGAACGAAGUGUCGCAGCAUCGAGUUCUUUGUCUUCGUCAUUUGAUUGGAAUGCUUUCUUAAGAGACCGUUGUGGUCUUUCUGAAGAAGAUGUUGCUUAUUGUCUUCCGAAAGUGGAAGAUAUUGAUAUGGACGAGCUUCCAGCGGUGACCAAAGAAAUUUUAAGGGACUUGGGUAUAGAUAAACCUUCGUUGAGGUUGAAGAUAAGAUCUUCUAUAAGGUCAUAUCUCGCUAACGAACGAUGAAUGUAUUUGAGAGUUUUGUCAUUUUUUCAAUAUGUUUCAUUCGUUGUAUUUGCAAUUCAUAAAUACAAAAUUUUCUUUUAUUCUAUUAUCGAACAUUGGAGAUGUUAACCUGCUUUACUCGAUUUUGAGCAAAUGCUUUCACAGGAGAUAUGGAGUCUUUUAUGUUUAGUGAGUUUUAUUCAAGAAAAUAUUCCACUAAAAGAGAUAUAAAAAGCUAUUGGUAUAAUAACUGGUAUAGAUAGAAUUUAUCUUGAUACCAUAGUUAUGCUGCGACAGGAGAAAGAUAGCGUCGUAAGGAACUUCCGUC